UUCCCACCCCUAAUUCAAUAUUUUGCCGCUCUGCACGUGUUGAAUUGUUAUUGAUUUAGAAAAAACAGCUUUACUUAAAAAAUGUCCAAGUUCCUGUCCUACUACAAUCUGUUUCCCAUACCAGAUCCCAAGGAGUUCCUGGGCCUGGCUUCCGACAAGGAGAAGGGCAAUGUGGUGACCACACUUGCACGCAAUGUGGUUGUCGUUUUGAAUAUCAGUACACAAAAGCAGUUGCUCAGUUGGUCCCUGCCGGAGAAGCUAUCGUCCAAGGUUAUCUACGAUCCCAGCAGCCAGAAAUAUGUGGGCGUCUUUGGUAACCACUCGCUGCGACUUUGGGAUGUGGACACCAGUGAUGUGGCCAAGUGCAAAAAGCUGAAGUUCCAAAAAAGCAUUGCCCACCUGGUAGAAACCAGCCAGGAGGCCUUGGUCCUCUACAGCGAUGGCGACUGCCAAACCCUAUCGCAGGCGUUGACCUCUCGCAAGGAUCAGAAGGAGGAUACGGCCGAGCAGCUGGCCCUGGUCGCCAGCAAGGUCAUCAGCAAACCCAAAGUCUACACCCUGGUCCAGGGCCAACAGGUGCUCACCUACUUCGAGGAAACAAAGGCCACCGGCGAACUACAGCUCAUCCGAAAUUCCCUGACCACCGCCGAAAGGCGCAAGUACCUCAUCAAGCGGGAGGAAGUGCGCCUCACCGGCUACGCCGUCGUGGAAGGCGAUGCAGCUCCUCAACUGCUGACUAUUUGGUCCGACAAACGCAUCUUCAUGCUAAAUCUGGCGGAGCGUACCGCGGAGCGAUCACCCGGACAAUUCGUGUCCAUGCUGGCCGAGCUGAAUGUGGAGAGCAAUCUAUCUGUGCACGGAGUCUCGCGGAACUUUGCUGCCAUCUACGGCGCCAACUACGGACAAGAGGGUGCCUCGCUGUUGGUCUACAACACGCAGUUCAAGGUGGUCAAUGCCAAGCAGUACUUCAAGGUGUACCUGGACUUCUCCCGCCUUUGGGCCGGCGACGAGCACAUUCUGCUGGCCAUGGGUCACAAUAUAGCCGCCGUGCGGUACCGUAUGAACCGUGAAGUGCUGGUGGACAUGCUGGGCUCCCAGUUCAGCGACACCCACCUCACGCCCAUCGAACUGGAUCACAUUAACGAGGAGGAGCAGCUAGAGUCGAUCAUCAAGUUCGGUGGCAGCACAAAGCCCAUCAAUUAUAACUCUGUGAAAUCCAAGUUGAAUAAGCUGAUGCCCACAUUGGAGGCCGAAACGGCAGAUGGCAGGGCGUUGGCCUACGAGUCUCCAGAGUUUGUGGAUCAGGAGAUGGACGAAAUCGUUAAGCAACAUGUCCAUGGAGAGACCACAAGCUGCGAGAAUGGACUGGAGGAUGUGAGUGUCACUCUAAUGACGAACUUCUUCGAUGCGGGCCCACAGAACACAGCUGUGCAGGCCUUGGUGCGGCAGUUGGAGCGAAGUGGAGCGGGCGAAGAGGAGAUUAUCGAGAAGAUAUUGACCCUAUUCAUUAAGACCGGAAACACAGAGCAUGUGCUGAUGUGCCUGCGGCGUUACAGCAACAUCUCGGAGAGAAUGCUGGCCUGGUCUUUGCGUUUUGCUCUAGAUAAAUGGACGAAAACCCCUGUCAUUAAUGGCAAUGCCAAAGUGGAACCCAUGGAGACGAAACAGUCCAAAAAAGAGCUGCUUAAUGCAGUGCUAGCCUGCAGUUUUGAUGCCAGCGGUAUCGAGGGGCAUCUGCGCCAUCGGCUGGAGCUCUCUCAUGUCCAGCACCUGAUGAACCACCUGUACGAGCUGGUCAACGAUCCCAGAGCCCAGCUAGAGGAACGGCCCAACCGGGAUUCCUCGCUGAUCCAAACGGAAGUCCAGGCCCUGCAAUGGUUUGGCUGCCUUUUGACCUCCCACUUCACCCUGCUGAGCAUCUCCAAGGACGAAGCGCUCCUCGAAACGCUUUCCAAGUGGUCCGAUCUUCUCUCCUUUUACGAGGAUAGCUUAUUCGAUUUGGCCAAUCUGCUGCCGCAGCUAUCGAAUAUUGUGGAAAAGCGCGAUAUCAAGCCCAUUUACUCUACCACGUGGUAUGGCAUCGAGGAGGUGGUGCUCUACUAGGAAAAAAUUAAUGACUUUAGAGUUUCCCUUAAGUUUGUUUCAUAGUGAUUAAGCCAAAUAAAACUAGAAUUUAGUUGAAUGAA